UUUUUCCCUUUUCCAUUUUCUUUGGCAACUUCCCUUUCUCCCAUAAAUCCACUGCACUUUUGAGGAGCAAGGAAAAACACACAUAGUAGGAGUAGCUAAAGACAAUAAAAACACCAAACACGUAAUAAACGAUUAUCACGACUGUUCGAUGAAACAAAAUCGACUUUAAAAUACUCUCACUACGUUAGCCAAGUGCAAGUUGACUUUCAGGUAUUACAGCGUGUUUAACUGCUCAGUUGCCCUAAGGUUGAUGGCCCAAUUUAGUUAAUGUUGAAGACUUAAAGACUUUGGCUAUUCUGCUAGUUAAUCUCAAGGACAUUCUUUAUCAAUGGUCUAACAGUUAGGCCCUAGGAAAUCAUGUCGGUUCUCUGUGGUUGCCCCCCUCUCCUUGAAUGUGUAUACUGUGUAGGAUGUGCCCGCUGGGCAUGGAAGCGAUGCCUCCACAGUGCUGGACAUGACAGCGAAAAUUGGGGUGUUGCCACAGCUGAAGAAUUUGAACCUGUCCCUAGGCUCUGCCGAUACAUAUUGGCUGUAUACGAAAAUGAUCUUAGACAACCUCAGUGGGAACCACCUGAAGGAUAUGGAAUUAAUACAGAUUGUUUAAUUGUGAAGAAAAACUAUCCAGAUACCGGUGGUCGAGCACCACCCUAUCUCUUAUAUCUGGAUCAUGAUCACGCUGACAUAGUUCUUGCUAUUAGAGGUCUUAAUUUGGCAAAGGAGAGUGAUUAUGCAGUCUUGUUGGACAAUAAGCUGGGAAAACGGAAAUUUGAUGGUGGGUAUGUUCACAAUGGGUUACUAAAAGCAGCUGAAUUGGUGUUAAAUGCAGAAUGUGAGGUCUUGAAGCAAUUGCUGGAGAAAUAUCCAAACUAUACCUUGACUAUUACGGGUCACUCACUUGGGUCAGGUGUAGCAGCAUUAUUGACAAUGGUGAUAGCACAAAAUCACGACAGGCUGGGCAAUAUUGAUAGGAAAAGAAUCAGGUGCUUUGCUAUUGCACCAGCUAGAUGUAUGUCAUUGAAUCUGGCAGUGAGAUAUGCAGAUGUCAUCAACUCCAUUGUGCUUCAGGAUGAUUUCUUGCCACGGACAGCAACUCCCUUGGAAGAUAUAUUCAAGUCACUAUUCUGUUUACCAUGCCUGUUAUGCCUGAGGUGCAUGAGAGAUACAUGCAUCUCAGAAGAGAAGAUGCUCAAAGAUCCACGCAGACUUUACGCCCCAGGUCGCCUCUACCACAUUGUUGAGAGGAAACCUUUUAGAUGUGGACGAUUUCCACCUGUUGUGAAGACUGCAGUUCCAGUGGAUGGGAGAUUUGAGCACAUAGUUCUCUCUUGUAAUGCUACUUCUGAUCAUGCAAUUAUCUGGAUAGAGAGAGAAGCACGAAGGGCACUGGAAUUGAUGCAAGUGAGAGAUCAUGUGACGGAAAUUCCAGCAAAGCAAAAGAUGGAGCGACAACAGACAUUAACUAGAGACCACAACGAGGAACAUAAAGCUGCUCUACAGAGGGCUGUCACCUUGGCUGUUCCGCAUGCUUUUUCACCUUCUUAUUAUGGAACUUUUGACAAACUAGGGGAAGAACAGUCUGAUAAAUCGGUCGGGGAUUCAUCCACAGGUUAAUCAACUAAAUGCAAGACCACAGAUAACUAGGAUGAACUGAUUGAGCGUCUAUAUGAGAAGGAUGAGUCAGGUCAUAUGAUUUUGAAGAAAUCAAGAUCACAAUGAUAAGAAAUGUUGUAGCUUAAGCAUUAUAUAUGAGUAGUGAUAUUUGAAGGAGCAUCAUUCUUUGAUUAAGCCAUAAUUAUUUUAAUCUCAUUUUGAUUGGGUUCUGGUUCUUUUUUUCCUUCUCCUUUUGGUGUGUCAGCUAGUGGCUUGUAUGAGUAUAUUUAGACUUACAGAAAAUAUGCUGAAGUGGAUGUAUUUAUUAGCCUUUUUCUUGUAUAAGAUUAAUAUAUGUGAAGAUUCUUUC